UCUGAGGACCCACUCAUUUCCUGCCCUGCACCCUCUUGGCUUUGCUCCCACCCCACCAGCACCGGCAAGAGGACCAGGGAGGGGACACACCAGGGUGACACGGGGGGACACCAACACCUCUCCCCACACCCUGAGCCCCAGCCUCUUUCCACCUCGUGCCUUUCUGCCCGCACAUCCCUGGGCUAUGUCACACCCUUCCCCAGGCUCCCACCCGCGGCUGGAGGACUCCGCACCCCGCAUCGUGGAGCACCCCUCGGACCUGCUGGUGUCCAGGGGUGAGCCGGCCACACUGAGCUGCAGGGCAGAGGGCCGCCCGUCGCCCACCGUGGAGUGGUACAAGGACGGUGAGCGCGUGGAGACGGACCACGAGGACCCCCGCUCCCACCGCAUGCUGCUGCCCAGCGGCUCCCUCUUCUUCCUCCGCAUUGUGCAUGGCCGCCGCAGCAAGCCUGACGAGGGCAUCUACGUCUGCGUGGCCAGGAAUUACCUGGGUGAAGCCACCAGCAGGAACGCCUCGCUGGAGGUGGCUGUGCUGCGGGAUGAUUUCCGGCAGUCCCCUGGGGAUGUGGUGGUGGCAGCAGGUGAGCCGGCUGUGCUGGAGUGCGUCCCGCCCCGCGGGCACCCCGAGCCCACCGUCACCUGGAAGAAGGAUGGCACCCGGCUCAGCGACAAGGAUGAGCGCAUUACGAUCCGCGGUGGGAAGCUGAUGAUGGCCACCACGCGCAAAAGCGACGCCGGCAUUUACGUCUGUGUGGCCACCAACAUGGUGGGGGAGCGGGACAGCGAGCCGGCCGAGCUGGUGGUCUUUGAGCGCCCCGCGUUCGGCAGACGGCCACAGAACCAGGCGGUGCUGGAGGACCAGGCGGCCGAGUUCCCUUGCGAAGCACUGGGGGACCCCCCGCCCACCGCCCGCUGGCGCAGAGAGGAUGGUGAGCUGCCGGCGGGAAGGUGGGAGCUGCUGGCUGACAACACGCUGAGGAUCAGUCGGGUGCGGGCAGAGGAUGAGGGAACCUACACCUGCAUGGCCGAGAACAGCGUGGGCAGGUCGGAGGCCUCGGGCACCCUCAUUGUGCGCGUGCCCCCACAGCUCAUCACCCGGCCCCGCAACCAGACUGUGCCCCCCGGCCAGAGUGUGACCUUCCAGUGCGAGACCACAGGAAAUCCUCCGCCGGCCGUGUUUUGGCAGAAGGAAGGCAGCCAGGUCCGUCCCCUCCCCACCUCCGCCCCCACAGCACCCCACCGUGCACCAAAGCCUUCUGCCUCCCCCUCUGCCCAGACACUGCUGUUCCCUGGGCAGUCCCCGCCAGCUGCCGGCCGCAUUUCGGUAGCAUCCAGCGGCGCCAUGACCAUCGCCACCGUGCAGCCCACCGACGCCGGCUAUUACCUGUGCCAAGCCAUCAGCGUGGCUGGCAGCGUCCUGGCCAAAGCGCUGCUGGAGGUGGAGGCUGCGCCCGCUCAGCCCCGACCGCCAGUGAUCCGCUGGGGCCCUGCCAACCUGACGGUGCUGCCGGUGGGGGCUACGGCGCAGCUGCCCUGCUGGGCAGAGGGUGAGCCCUCACCCCAUGUGGGGUGGCUGAAGGAUGGGCGCACCGUGCUGGGCUCUGAGAGCCGCGCCAGCCUGCUGGAGAAUGGCACUCUGCUGAUCAGCAACAUGCGGGUGACAGACUCAGGCCAGUAUGAGUGUGUGGCCACCAGUUCGAUGGGUGAGAUGCGCUGGAGCGGGUCCCUGCAGGUGCAAGGUGAUGGAUCUCUCCUCUCGCCACCAUCCCCAGAGCCCGGCAUCCUUCCAGGGCCACCCUCCACCCCACUGGUCACCAAUAUCACCAAAAGCAGUGUCACCCUAACCUGGAAAGGGAAUGAGCAAAGCGGUGGCACUGCAGUCACCUACAUUGUGGAAGCUUUCAGUGAGGCCAUGGGCGGCCCGUGGCAGACAGUGGCAGCCAAUGUGGAGGGUGAGACACACACCGUGCAGGGCCUCGUCCCCGACACCGUGUACCUCUUCCUGGUGCGGGCACUCAACGCCCAUGGGCUCAGCGACCCCAGCGGCAUCUCAGAGCCCAUCCGCACCCAAGCAGACACCAGCCCCACGCCACAGGUGUCUCCAGAGCUGGCACGUGUGGCCGUGCACCUGCAGGAGCCCGUGGUGCUGCCGCCGGGUGCCGUGCGCCUCGCCUGGACCGUGAGCGUGGGGACACGGCGGGUGGGAGGGGACACAGUGCUGCACCUCUGUCACCCCCCUCAUCUCCCGUGUCCUCAGGUGGAGCCCCCAUCGCCCUCUGUGCAGGGAUACCAGGUGCUGUACCGGCGGCGCGGUGGGCGCUGGGAGGCGUGGGAUGUGCGGGCACCGGGCGAACGGGGGGCUCUGCUCACGGGGCUGCGCCAUGGCCAGGACUACGAGGUGAAGGUGCGGCCCUUCUACCUGCACCUCCAUGGCCCCGACAGUGCCGUGCGCGCCCUGCGUAUGCCUGAGGCAGCCCCCAGUGCUCCACCACGGGCUGUCAGCGUGGCUGGAAAUGGCACCAGCGUCCGCAUCUCCUGGCAGCCUCCACCGCCAGCUGAGCAGAAUGGAGUCAUCCUUGAUUACCGAAUCUGGUGCUUGGGCAACGAGAGCCGCUUCCACAUCAAUCAGAGCGUGGAGGGGACGGUGCUGGCCACAGUGCUGCAGGGGCUGGUGCCCGGUGUCCCCUAUCGUGCUGAGGUGGCUGCGGCCACGGGGGCAGGUGUGGGUGCUCGCAGUGCACCCAUCUCCAUCCGCAUCGCACCCCCAGUGGAGCAGGACGUGGGGCCGGUGGGAUGGGGCAGCAUGGCGGAGCGCAUGGCCGCGGUGGCGAGGCGGCCAGCCUUCAUCGCUGGCGUCAGCGGUGCCCUCUGGCUCAUCCUCGCUGGGUUUGCAGCAUGGCUCUACAGCCGCCGCCGCCGCAGGAAAGAGCUGAGCCACUUCACAGCCUCCUUUGCCUUUGCGCCCACGGGUGCAUCCAUGGGUGCUGUAGGGCCGCGUCACGGCCCCACCGCAUCCUCACUGCCACCCCCAGCUCUGUCCACACUCACCUUCCCACACACCCCGGUACCAGCACACAGCAGCCCCAGGAAUGCUCACCCGUGGCUGGCGGACGCGUGGCGUGGUGGUGGCCUGGAUGCCACCGAGAGAUACUACAAUGAGGCCGGCAUCUCCCGCUACAUCGCCCAGACGGAGCCCUUUGGGCCCGGGAAUGCCGAGGGGCCCAUCUACAGCAGCAUCGAGGCAGGGGGCGAUGAGCUGCGCACCUUCCACCGGCCCUGCUCACAGCAUGGCCCCGAGACCCUGUAUGGCCACUCAGCUCCCGGGCAGCACGGGAAAAACUUGGGGAAAGCGGUGCAGACACCGGUGCUGAGCUGGACCGAGCUACUGCCCCCACCACCCUCGGCCAGUGAGCUCAGCCAGUACACUGAGGAGGAGGGGGAGAAGGAGGAGGAAGAGGAGAUGGAUGAAGAGGAUGGCAUCUUGGGGCUGGAGGAGCACUGUCCUUCCACUGAGGAUGCCCCCCAGCACACUGCCUCCUCACCUGCCACCCCCACGGGCUGCUGGACCCCGGCUGCAACAGCCCCUGUGCCCCACGAGGACACCCGCAGCCUGCAGCGUUUCAGCAGCCCCCGUUCACCCCGGAGACCCCCACGCGGCACUGCACCCUCACCGAGCCCCCCGCUGAGCCCCCGCAGCCCAGACACAUGCAAAGGUCCCGUGCCCCGAGCCCACCGCCCCUACGGCGCAGGGAAAACACGCUCGGAGACCCCGAAGAGCCACCCGAAGCCCAAAGGCGGCCGCUACCCUCGGGAGCAGUGGACGGGAGGUGGGUGUGCACAGAGCCGGAGGGAGGGGGUUGAGGAUGCGCUGGGUGGGGACAAGGAUGGGAUAGAUGAGGGGUGA